UAAACAAUGUUAAUUAAUGUUUUAAAUAAUUAAUUAAUCAUCAUUAUUUUGCUUAAUUCUCCCUAAUCAUUGACGUUUUCCUUCCCCUAAUUAGUGUUUUUUUAGUUCACUAACCCAUGGCAAUGGCCGUCGACAACGCUUUUAACGGCGUCGCCGUCUCCGAUUACAGCACCUCCACUAACAACUCCGAUGAUGACUUUCACGACCUCUUUGACUCGAUCAUGUCCAUUGACGCUCUGCCAUAUUCGCCGCAGGUAGUUGAGGUCGACGGCGGUACUAACUGCAACUCUCCGUCCAAUCCAGCGGAGGAUCGGGAGGAGGAGGAGGAGGAGUUUAAAAGCUUAAGGCUUUAUCACCUCCUCAUGGCGGUUGCCGACGCCAUGUUCGGCGACCACAAGAGCCGUGAUUUGGCUCAGGUGAUAUUGAUUCGACUCAAUGAAUUGGUUUCAACAUCCCACGGGACUAACCUCGAACGCCUCACCGCGUAUUAUGCCCAAUCCUUCCAGGAUUUGCUCGAUUACGCGGCCGUGUCCGGCGGCGGUUCGAAUAAACCCCACCAUCUCCACCGUGAUGAUCAUAGUCCGACGGACGUUCUGGCGGCGUUUCAAUUGCUUCAAGAGAUGUCCCCUUAUGUGAAAUUCGGGCAUUUCACAGCAAAUCAGGCGAUUUUGGAGGCAGUGGCGGAUGAUAGAAGAGUCCACAUCGUGGAUUACAAUAUAAUGGAAGGGAUUCAAUGGGCGUCGUUGAUGCAGGCUCUUGUGUCGAGGAAGGAUAGCCCGCCGGCCCCUCAUCUGAGAAUCACCGCCAUUUCCAGAGGACCCAGCAGCCGGAGAUGGAUUGGGACUGUUCAGGAGACAGGGCGGCGAUUGGUGGCGUUUGCAGCUUCAAUUGGUCAACCCUUUUCAUUUCAUCAAUGUAAAUUGGACUCCGACGAGAGUUUUCGUCCGUCCGGAUUGAAAUUAGUGAGAGGUGAAGCACUGGUGGUGAAUUGUGUGCUUCAUCUCCCUCAUUUCAGUAACACUUCGCCGGAAUCCAUCGACUCUUUUCUCGCCGGCGCCAAGACCUUAAAUCCAAGACUGGUUACUUUAGUCGAAGAGGAAAUCGAACAUGGACCCACCAUCGACGGCGAUUACAAGGUCCAAUUCCUCGAUUCAUUAGAGCGUUACUCGGCGAUUUAUGACUCACUCGAAGCAGGAAUUCCGAUGAAAAACAGAGCAAGAGGAUUGGUGGAAAAAGUAUUCCUCGGCCCGAGAAUCUCGGCUACUCUGAAGCGAAUCGGACAGCCGCAGAGGGCGGCGACGGCUGCGGAGGAGAAUUGUUCGUGGGGAGAGAGAUUGGAGAAGAUGGGAUUGAAGGCGGCGGCGAUUAGCUUUGCGAAUCACUGCCAAGCGAGGCUGUUGGUGGAUUUGUUCAAUGAUGGGUACAGAGUUGAGGAAUUGGGCAGCAAUAAGCUCGUUUUGGGAUGGAAAUCCAAGCGUUUGCUUUCGGUUUCCAUUUGGGCUUCUUCUUCUUUAUCUUCUUCAUCUUCUUCCUCCGAUUCCGAGUAGACACGCCUCCGUUCAUGGCGGCGGUUCUUGCUUCCCGCCGGUUGGAUUGUAUAAGAGUAUUUUUAAUUUUUUAAAAAAA